GAAGUGGGUUUCCUUGUCUGUGUCAUAUGUUCGGCGAUGCGGUCUUUCAAAUGGAAAUAUAUGAGGCAUUUUAAAUGAAGGGGAUAUUGGAUUAAAUUAAUCCAAAUUUAUUUUUCGUCCAUGUUUAUUGUUACGCGCGAAUGGUGAUCACUCAGAAGAAAGAGUUUGGUCGUAAGACGGAAAACCUACUUCCUUGUAUGAUUUGUAUUGGUUGUAGCCGUAGCGUUUGAAUAGCUAACGUUAUUGCCCUGCAUUAGAUAGAUAGCAGACAAGGAAACCCUUCGCACACGCCUGAGUGGCGAUGACUACGGAGCUUUUAUCGGAUCUUGAUACCCGUUUCUUCGCUGACAAUCUCCUAACAAGCGAAGAUUGGGAUGCCUGUCUGUACCAGUGCGAGAGCAUGGAGGAGGGGGAAGAUGGCGGCGACUACAGCAGUGGACUGAAGUAUAACGCGCUGGACCAGGAGCUGGUGCUGACUCUGGACCCCGACAACCGCUCGUCACCAUGGAAGGACCUCGGCAACAAUCUCCUGACAGGUGAUGUUCCUGCCCUUCAGGAGGAGAUGACUCUAACACAGCCCCUGCCAGAAGAUAUGUUGUUUCAGGUGAAGGCUGAGCCUCCAUCUCCAGUAGCCUCUCCAGUCUCCGACAUCGUCGCUGCCCCCUCUCCCGACACACAGAUCUCCGUAAAGGGUGAGAACCCCCCCACCCCUCCCUACAUGUUUGGGGAUGUUCUGUCUCCGCCCCUCAACAGCAUAGAGCUCUCAUUGGCUACUGCCCAGCCUCAAGCCCCAGCCAUCGCAGAGCCCCCCACUCAGACCACAGUCCUGUCGUCCGUUGCGUGUGUGAAGAGUUCCAUCGUGACCAGUAAGCCGGCUAUCCAGCCACGGCCCAUGUGUGUGACGGGCCUGCAGCCUUCACACGCGCACACACCCACCAAAACACUCAUCCUGCAGGGGCAGAGCAGGCCAGUGGUGCUCUCUCCGUCGGUGUGUCUAAGCUCCGCCCCUGCCAUCGUGAAGAUGGAGCCCAUCUCUCCCAGCAUGCCUCAAUGCAGCGCUACGUUACCCGUCGCUACGCUAGCCGCUAGCAAGCCCAUCAUCCCCACAACGACACUGCCUGCUGGCAACGACAUCGAUAUGAAGGUCCUGAAGCGGCAGCAGCGUAUGAUAAAGAACCGGGAGUCGGCCUGCCAGUCGCGUCGCAAGAAGAAGGAGUACCUGCAGAGCCUGGAGGCCCAGCUACGAGAGGCCCAGCAGGAGAACCAGAGGCUACGCAGGGAGAACCAGCAGCUCAGGGAGAGACUGGCCUGCCCAGAGGGUGGAGAGCCCAGCAGCAGUAAGAGGGCCGUGUGUGUGAUGGCCGUGCUCCUAUUCAUUACGUUCAGCUUCGGACCAGUCAGCAUCACAGACAGGAAGUUGGAGACGGCGCUGCAGGACAGUUUAGCCCCACCCUCUACCGGGAGACGGCUCUUCAUGUACGACGAGCUCAACCAAUCGCAUUCCAGCGAGGCCAGCAGCAGCCAACCAGACGCCAGCGAGGCCAGCCAAUCACACUUGAGCUCAGACAGCUCAGCCCCACCCACACACACGGAGGAGGAAGGGGUCGCGCAGGAGCGGUGGGCCCGAGACGAACUGAGGAACCUGAGCAGUGUGUUUAGUGACGUGAAGGAUCUGGUGCUACAAGACAUCGAGCGCUACUUCUCAUCGCCAGACUGCCGACAGUUCAACCGCUCGGAAUCACUAAGGUUGGCAGAUGAGUUGCGUGGGUGGGUGCAUCGGCACCAGAUCGACCGCACCAAGUCUGGAGGGAAAAAAGCCCCUCUCAAGAAGCCCAGACUAGCACAGCAGAAGACGCACCCGAGGAAGACAAACUUCUCUCGCUACCUGCCUAUCCAGACACACAGGUCCAUAGACAGUCAGCUGCAGGUGUUCCGGGGUCCGGAGCCCUCGGGAGAGAUCAGCUACAGUGACUUCAUGGACGCCAUCGACCGCCGCGAGGACACUUUCUACGUCGUGUCAUUUAGAAGGGAUCAUCUGCUCCUGCCAGCUAUCAGCCACAACAAGACGACUCGGCCCAAGAUGUCCCUCGUCAUGCCCGCUAUGUCUGUCAACGAGUCUCUGUAUAACUCCAGUGGCGGCUACGAGAUGAUGAUGCAGGUGGACUGCGAGGUGAUGGACACCCGCAUCAUCCCCAUCAAGCAGUCGGCCGUGCCCCCCUCCCUACGAGACCCCCCGCGGCCCCCCUCCUCGCACCACCACGCCAACCACACCUCCCUCAAGGGACGCCAGCAUGGCAACGGGCACAGCAACGCAGCGUCACGCCAACCACUCGCCAUGCGGAGGAGAGGAGGCUACCUCCUCAGUCAGGAGGGAGGGAUGUAGAGGAGGAGAGAGGGAUGAGGGGAAAGGGGAGGAGGAGGAGGAAAGAGGUAUGGGAGAGGGAAGAAGCUAUGAGACAGGGAAGAAGUCCUGGACAAAAAGUGAAGGCUGUUCAAGACAUAAAAAGAGGAUUUUCUUUUCUUUUUCUUUUUUGUUGUUUUUUCCCCCUUGAGGCAAAAUGCUGGAACUUAGCAGCCUUGAAGCCGCCCACCAUAGCAACCGUUGUCAUAGCAACAGCUCUACAUUCCGUAUUCUACUGUGAUUCCAGACACACGGUCCUUUAGGUACUGAUACACAGAGCAACUUGUUGAGCAAUGUGGCCAGGCAACAACAUGAUUGGCUUCUAAUCUCUUGGUGAAGGUGCUGUACUGAUCAAGAGUCCACACACACCAUCUUAAGGGAUCUUUGCCCAAAACAAAGCUCAAAAAAUUGCCCUGUCCAUCAUCACCUUUACACUUAAUCCUAAACCUAGCUCACCUGGCGUAUAACUUGAGACUUAACUGUAACCCAGGGAUAGAGUAUGAUCUAUUUUGGGGACUGGAACUAUGAGAUAUGGGACCUAUACUACAAGGCUGGUUCAGGAGUAAACCAGGUAAAGCUGAGAGGUAAAUCAUCUAAUAGAAGAGCCUGGAGUCCUCAUUUUCUUAUUCUAUCUCUUCUAUUAGAUGAUUUAUGUCUUGACUUAACCUAGUUUACUCCUGAACCAGCCUCUUAGUAUAUGCCCAUGGUGACUGACUAUAAAACUCAUCCCCUUCAAUACACAACAUGACAAUAUACAAUUGCAUCUUACAACAAGACACACUGACUCGCACAUAACAAUUCACACGUCUUGUAACAAAAUUCAGUCAUACAUAACAAUAGGCUACACGUUCACACAUCUUAUUUAUUCAACACCGGUAUGAGUUCCCCCAUCUUAAUGUCUCUAUAAAUAAUAUAUAUAUAAAUGUCUUCUUUAAUACCAGUGAGGCUAGCCCAGAGUCAGAUGGGUGUGUGUGUGUGUGUGUGUGUGUGUGUGUGUGUGAGAGAGAGAGAGGCUUGAGACGUACGGCAGAGAGUGUAUGUCUACUACUUUGUGUUUGUAUAUUUGCUUUUACGACCUUCACAGGCGAGAACUGUGUGUGUGUUUUUUUCUGUUUUGUUGAUUUCUUUUUUACACAUACUUGUUACUUUUUACUUUUCCGAAUGUGUUUGUUAUAUUUUGAUUGAGGAAUAUUUAAAGUGUCUAAUUGUUUUAAAAUAGUUGUAUAUAUAUUGGUGAUUUGUUUUGUACUUUUUACUAUAUUUCUUUGGUUCAGUUCUGUUGUUCCUGGUCAGUCAUGUCCCUCAGUCCACUGCAACAAAAGUUAACAUACAUUUGCAACAAAAAAAAAAAGAAAAGACAAAAAAGAAACAAAACUAAAAAUCAAAGAUGUCUUUAUGUUGUAUUCCUGCUUCCUGAUGUAAAUUAUAAUUAUUAUGAGUAGGAUACUAAUCAUAGUGCCAGAGAGGCAGCGGACGACUAUGCCUACAUGAAAGCCCUAUUACCAUAAAGAGAAUACAGGAGGAAACCCUCCCUUCCCUCAGGUCCCUUUGGGUCCUACUCAGUUUCUAACCUCACUUCCUCUCCUUUUGCUUGUGUCCUCGUGCUUUGCUGACGCAACACCUCCAUGGAGAAAGCAUUAAAGAAAGAAAAUGAGUUUCCCCGCUGUCAGCCUAGGCACAGCAACAUUUGGGGACCUCCCAUUCAACAUCCUGAUUGCAAAUGAGAAAAUGGCCUUUGAAUUGGAUAAAUGUCAAGGAGGUCUGGCCUUGCAUCAUGAGGCCACAAGCAGAAAGAGGGAACGGGAGGUUAGAUAUUGAAUUUGGACCCUUUGACUUGACCACCUCCCCUCCUGACGGCCUCUCCUCACACACCUAUGACCAUACCACUUUUGCCCAGUGCCGUAGCACCCAAAUUCUGGGCCCAAUGUACAUCCAGCUUCAAUGGACCCCCUUUAUAUGUGAUAUUAAUGGCAAUCGUACAUCCACACACCCCUCAAGAAAUGACCUCUGUCUUCCUCAUUUAGCUCCAGAAUCAUAACAUAGCUGUGUUAGCGUCUGAUUCCAAAAUGACUAAUGUUACUAGAAAGAUGCGUUUAUAUGAGGUACUUUGAAAUGUUACUGUGUUGUGUAAAAUAUCUUCCGUACUGUCACAGUGAUCUCAAAUCUUAUCUGAACACCUGCCUUUUCUCCUGAUUGUCUCAAAUCUUAUCUCAACCUCUGCCUUUUCGCCCAAUUAUCUCAAAUGUUAUCUGAAAGUCUGCUUUUUUAUCUGCCAACCGUCCAUAGAGACAGGGGAGAGGGGGGAUCUCUGAGGGACUCCUGGGAACUAGGGGUAACCUGAAGAAAAUGGGUGGGUCCUGAGUCAAAACUUCCACAAAUUUCGAUUCAGUAUGAAAACGCCUUUAGUAAGGUGUGUACACCAGAUACAGAGAGGCGAGGAAAUGGGCUGUGGUGAGAGGUCCUUGUACUGUACAUGACCUAUUGCUCAAAAGGAAGGGGACAGACAAGGGGGUGUGGGCUGAGCGCUGUGCUUUAGCUGCUUGGGUGGAUGCAGACAUGAGUGUAUAUCUGGGUGCGUUAGGGAAUGCGUACCUGAUGUGCGUGUGUGAGCGAGUGAGGUGUGUGGGAUUGUGUAUGUACUACUGCAUGAUUAUGUUUGGACCUUCUUUUUAUUGUUGCUAUUAACAGCGUUUUGUAUGUUUGGUGAGCAAUUCAUAAACUUUAUCAUUCCCUCCAAAACUCACAACAGACUUUUAGGAACGUAAAAAACGCAAGCGUUUUCUUCUGUACAUGCACAUUCCUACAUACACAUUCACACAACCACAUUCAAAUGCCACACCGGACGUGAGUGUAGCUUGGUUGGUAUCAGCGAUCAUGUGAGACCUGGCUUCUGGUCUGCUUGCUGUUGCAUGUCUGAUAGUUUGUUAAAGAAAUGUAAAUAUGGCCCCUGUGUCCCUUUUUUACCUAAUUUUAAUAUUUAAAAGAUUUUUUUCAAGAAGAGUGGAAUAUUUUGUUUCUUUUUCAUUGUCCGAGACUUUUGAACUACUGCCUUUUCUCUUUGUAGAGGAUGAAAUUGUAAAAAAAAAAAAAUGGAAAGUUGAGGUUUAAAUAAAAAAGACACUUCUCUAAAA